AUGAUCUCGACAGCCCCGCUCUACAGCGGUGUGCUCAAGUGGACCAGUUCUGACCGAAUUCGCAUGUGUGGCAUCAACGAGGAGAGAAGAGCACCUCUUUCUGAUGAAGAGUCUACGACAGGUGACUGCCAGCACUUUGGAUCUCAGGAGUUUUGUGUCAGUAGCAGUUUUUCCAAGGUGGAGCUCACAGCGGUUGGUAGUGGCAGCAGUGCCCGGGGGGCGGACCCAGAUGGCAGCUCAGCGGAAAAACUUGGGCACAAAUCUGAAGAGAAAACUGACGAUGCCCAGCCUAAACUGGACUAUGCUGGAAAUGUGGCAGCGGCUGAGGGCCUCCUGGUGCCACUGAGCAGCCCCGGGGACGGGCUCAAGCUGCCCCCUCCAGAGGGCACUGAGGCUGGAGGUAGCAGGGCCGACUGCUCCUGGACACCCAGCAACCCCCAGAUGAGCAAGCCGGGUGAUUGCUCCGUCCCUGGGGCCAAGGUGCUGGACACCAGGCACAAUGUUGGGGAGAAGAACACUUUCAUUCUGGCAACUCUGGGAACUGGAGUCCCCGUGGAGGGGACCUUGCCUCUGGUGACCACUAACUUCAGCCCACUGCCCACCCCCAUCUGCCCCCCUGCCCCCGGCUCGGCCUCUGUCCCCCCAUCUGUCCCGGAUCCAUUCCAGGUCCCCCUCUCCGUCCCUGCCCCAGUGCCUCACUCUGGGCUCGUCCCUGUCCAAGUCACCACUUCGGUUCCAGCGUCCUCGUCUCCCUUAGCGCCCGUCCCAGCCCUGGCCCCGGCUCCACCAGCAGUGCCCACGAUUCUCUCUGAUUCUAACCCCCUUUCGGUUUCGGCCUCGGUCUUGGUGCCAGUGCCAGCUUCUGCCCCGCCUUCGGGCCCAGUCCCGCUCUCCGCACCCACCCCUGCACCCCUCUCAGUCCCCGUCUCGGCGCUGAUCCAGGCUCCUGUGCCCCCUUCAGCCCCCACCUUGGUCCUGGCUCCUGUCCCCACUCCGGUCCUGGCCCCCAUGCCCGAUUCCACACCCCCAGCAGCCCCUGCGCCUCCAUCUGUGCCGAUGCCCACUCCGACCCCCUCCUCUGGCCCACCCUCGACUCCCACCCUCAUCCCAGCCUUUGCCCCGACACCGGUGCCUGCGCCCACUCCGGCCCCCAUCUUCACGCCGGCCCCGACGCCCAUGCCGGCUGCCACGCCAGCUGUCAUCCCCACCUCAGCGCCCAUCCCAGCCUCCUUUAGCUUGAGCCGAGUGUGUUUUCCUACCGCCCAGGCGCCAGCUAUGCAAAAAGUGCCGCUGUCCUUCCAGCCGGGGACAGUGCUGACCCCAAGCCAGCCGUUGGUCUAUAUCCCGCCACCAAGCUGUGGGCAACCGCUCAGCGUGGCCACGCUGCCCACCACGCUGGGCGUCUCCUCCACUCUCACGCUCCCCGUCCUGCCGUCCUACCUGCAGGACAGAUGUCUCCCUGGCGUGCUGGCCUCCCCGGAGCUGCGGUCUUACCCGUAUGCCUUCUCUGUGGCCCGGCCUCUGACCUCAGACUCCAAGCUGGUGUCUCUGGAGGUCAACAGACUCCCCGGUGCGUCCCCAUCUGGCAACCCCGGCACCCAGGCCGCGCCUGAUGGGGCCCCCGGGACUUUGGCAGACACGUCCCUCUCCACCACUUCUGCCAAGGUGCUGCCCACCCCACAGCCAACUCUGCUGCCAGCCCCCAGCGUGAGCGCAGCCCCACCGCACCCCACCAAGAUGCCAGGUGGCACUGAGCAGCAAACAGAAGGGACUUCUGUUACCUUCUCGCCCCUCAAGUCGCCUCCGCAGCUGGAGCGAGAGAUGGCUUCUCCCCCCGAGUGCAGUGAGAUGCCCCUGGACCUCUCCUCCAAGUCCAACCGCCAGAAGCUCCCGCUGCCGAACCAGCGCAAGACGCCCCCCAUGCCCGUGCUGACCCCCGUGCACACCAGCAGCAAGGCCCUCCUCUCCACAGUGCUGUCCAGGUCCCAGCGCACCACCCAGGCUGCCGGCAGCGGCGUCACCUCUUGCCUGGGUGCCACGUCCUCACCCUUCGUCAUCUUUCCGGAGAUCGUGCGGAACGGGGACCCUAGCACCUGGGUGAAGAACUCCACCGCGCUCAUCAGCGCCAUUCCCGGCACCUAUGUGGGGGUGGCCAACCCAGUGCCUGCCUCCCUGCUGCUGAACAAGGACGCCAACCCGGGCCUCCCCCGAGACCCCCGCCACCUCCCCAAGCAGGAGCCCAUCUCCAUCAUUGACCAAGGCGAGCCUAAGAACACUGGUGCCCCCUGCAGCAAGAAGGGCGGCCAGGCUGGUACUGAGGGACAGCCGAGCACAGUUAAACGGUAUCCCCCAGCGCGCAUCGCCCCCGGGCUGCCGGGGUGCCAGACCAAGGAGCUGUCCUGGAAGCCCACAGGGCAGGCAAACAUUUACCCACGGUGCCAGGUCAAUGGCAAAGCCACCAGCACCCAGGUCCUGCCUGUUGGCUGGUCACCGUACCACCAGGCAUCUCUGCUUUCCAUUGGCAUCUCCAGUGCUGGGCAGCUGGUCCCCAGUCAGGGAGUGCCCAUCAGGCCCACCAGCGUGGUCUCGGAGUUUUCUGGGGGGCCACCUCUCAGCUCAGGUGAGGCUGUGCAUGGACUGCCCGAGGGGCAGCCCAGGCCUGGGGCCCCCUUUGCUCCAGAGCAGGACACAGUCACCAAGAACAAAACGUGCCGGAUCGCUGCCAAGCCUUACGAAGAACAAAUCAAUCCUGUCGUCCUGACUCUCAGCCCGCAGACGGGGACCCUGGCCCUGUCUGUUCAGCCCAGUGGGGGGGACGCCAGAGCGAACAAGGGUCCUGAGGAAUCGGAGACCCACCCCUGCCCCGACAGUGCUCCUAAAAUGGAAGGCCCCCAAGGGGCCUGUGGCCUGAAAGCUGCUGGAGACACAAAACCCAAGAACCAAGUGCUGGCCACCUACAUGUCCCACGAGCUGGUCCUGCCCACCCCCCAAAACCUGCGCAAGCUGCCCGAGCUGCCUUUGCUACCUCAUGACAGCCACCCCAAGGAACUCGUCUUGGACGUGGUUCCAAGCGGCAAGAGGGCCUCUGGCACAGAGCUGUCGCAGCUUGGAAGCCAGGUGGAUCUGGGACGAGUGAAAAUGGAGAAGGUGGACGGCGACGUGGUCUUCAAUCUAGCCCCCUGCCUCCGGGCCGAUGGCCUCCAUGCGGCUGCCCCGAGGGGCCAGGCCGAGGUCAGAGGCAAGGGUGGACAGGCCCGAGUGAAACAGGAAAGCGUCGGGGUUUUUACCUGCAAGAACAAGUGGCAGCCAGACGACGUGGCCGAAUCCCUGGCAGCCAAGAAAGUGAAGUGCGGCAAAGAGAAGGAAAGCGAAGAGCAGCCACCGCCACAACCCAAGCCCGUAGCCCGGAGUUCUCAUGGACCCAAGUGCCGAAAGCCGCCCACUGACCCCCAGGAACCAACCAAGAAGAGUCCCCGGGGGGCUUCAGAUUCAGGAAAAGAGCACAAUGGAGUCAGGGUAAAGCACAAGCACCGGAAGCCGACAAAGCCAGAGUCUCAGCCUCCAGGAAAACGAGCCGACGGCACUGAGGAGGGUUCCUUGGAAAAGAAAGCAAAGAGCAGUUUCCGGGACUUCAUCCCUGUGGUCCUAAGCACCCGGACGCGCAGCCAAUCAGGAAGCAUCUGCAGCUCCUUUGCUGGGAUGGCAGACAGUGAUAUGGGCAGCCAGGAAGUCUUCCCCACAGAGGAGGAGGAAGAGGUGACGCCCACCCCAGCCAAGCGUCGGAAGGUAAGAAAGACCCAACGGGACACCCAGUACCGUAGCCACCAUGCCCAGGACAAGACCCUGCUGAGCCAGGGCCGCCGGCACCUGUGGCGAGCCCGAGAAACACCCUGGAGGACAGAAGCAGCCCGGCAAAUGUGGGACACCAAUGAGGAGGAGGAGGAAGAUGAGGAGGAAGGCCUGGUGAAGCGGAAGAAACGGAGACGGCAGAAGAGCCGGAAAUAUCAGACUGGGGAGUACCUGACAGAGCAAGAAGAAGAAGAGCAUCGACGGAAAGGGAAAGCAGAUUUAAAAGCUCGCAAGCAGAAGACGUCUUCCCAGAGUUCGGAGCACCACCUCAGGAAUAGAAAUCUCCUCUUGCCCAACAAAGCCCAGGGGAUCUCGGAUUCGCCGAAUGGUUUCCUCCCAAAUAACCUGGAGGAGGCAGCCUGCCUCGACAGUCCAGAGAAGCCAUCAGGAAAACGAAAGUGCAAGACGAAGCACAUAGCAAACAUCUCAGAUGAGGCAAAGGGCAAAGGUCGUUGGAGCCAGCAGAAGACCCGAUCCUCAAAGUCUCCCACCCCAACGAAGCCCACGGAGCCAUGUACACCCUCCAAGUCCCGAAGUGCCAGCCUUGAGGAGACCUCAGAGUCUCCUACAGCCCGACAGAUCCCCCCAGAAGCCCGCCGGCUCAUCGUGAACAAAAAUGCUGGGGAGACCCUCCUGCAGCGGGCAGCCCGUCUUGGCUAUAAGGACGUGGUUCUGUACUGCCUGCAGAAGGACAGUGAGGAUGUCAACCACCGUGACAACGCAGGCUACACGGCCCUGCACGAGGCCUGCUCCCGGGGCUGGACCGACAUCCUCAACAUCCUGCUGGAGCACGGAGCCAACGUGAACUGCAGCGCACAGGAUGGCACCAGGCCCGUUCAUGAUGCGGUGGUCAACGACAACCUGGAAACCAUUUGGCUCCUGCUGUCCUACGGGGCCGACCCCACUCUGGCCACCUACUCGGGGCAGACGGCCAUGAAGCUGGCCAGCAGUGUCACCAUGAAGCGCUUCCUCAGUGACCACCUACUGGAUCUCCAAGGCCGGGCAGAGGGUGAUCCUGGAGUCUCCUGGGACUUCUAUAGCAGUUCUGUGUUGGAGAAAAAAGACGGGUUUGCCUGUGACCUCCUGCACAAUCCCCCUGGGAGCUCUGAUCAAGAAGGAGACGACAUGGAGGAGGAUGACUUCAUGUUUGAGCUCUCUGACAAGCCUCUUCUCCCUUGCUACAACCUUCAAGUGUCGGUGUCCCGAGGGCCCUGCAACUGGUUCCUCUUUACCGACGUCCUGAAGAGACUGAAGCUCUCCUCUCGGAUCUUUCAGGCUCGAUUCCCGCACUUUGAAAUCGCCACCUUGCCCAAGGCAGAGUUCUACCGGCAGGUGGCCUCCAGUCAGCUGCUGACCCCUGCUGAGAGGCCCGGAGGCCCGGAGGACAGGUCUCCACCAGGCUCCUCUGAGACUGUGGAGCUGGUGCGCUAUGAGCCUGAACUGCUGAGGCUCCUGGGGUCUGAGGUGGAGUUCCAGCCUUGGAGCAGUUGA